AGCCAGGGAAAAAGGUGGAAAAAGGGAACGACGGCACAAAACAGCUGGUGCAGUUCCACGAGAAGACGAAAAGAAGAAUGUUGCGGAUUGUUAGUGCCGCGAUUCGAGCUGGCGUGGAACGCGUCGUGACACCAAAUGUUACGAACCUUACAUUUUUUAAAUCGAGUUCCCUUGCUAGCUCAAUUUGUAUUCGAGCCCUGAGUUUCCAUUCUGCACAAUUUUAUGGCCCUGCAGACCUCGAUGUUUGCAAAAAUAGAACAAUCCUGAGUACACCAUUGACACAGAAUGUUCUGUCAGCGAACCCAAGUCCAACAACAAUAUCAACAAGGUCACUUAUUAAAUUUUCAUUGAAAAAAGGAAAACGAAAAACAGUGAAAUGUGUUCUGGACCGAUUUUAUCGUCUUCAUUGGGGUAUUUGGAUCCGAACAAAGUGUGGGAGAAACAGUAAUUUAUGGCGAAAGUCACUUAAUCGCAGGAAGCGGCUUGGUCGCCACGUCUUUUGCAAUGCUACACAGUCUUGGUUGUUGGACAAAAUGGUGACAAAAUUCUGGAGACGUCCAAAGUAUUACGUUGAUGAUCCAUAUGAACCCUACCACUAUCGAGAAAAUUUUAAUUUGACCAGGCGUAAACCUUUACCUUAAGUAUGUUAUGUAUGAAUUUAAAAAUAAAACUUGUAGAUAAAAGCAUCAAAUAAUAAUUCACCAUU